UUGACAGCUGGCGGUUCCGGCGCAUGCGCAGAGGACUCGCAGAGAGGAAGCGCGACAGAAAGCAGUAGCAACGGACGAGCUGCGGCUGAUCUCCUCUGACACAAUUAUGUCUGUCUCGCCACCACCAGUUUCUCUCAGGUAUCCGUUUACCGGAGCCUGAAUGGCGUUGGUAACUGUGCAGCGGUCGCCUACUCCAAGCGCAACAUCCAGCCCGUGCGUUUCGGAGUCUGGCAGUGGGGAAGAUGACCGCCGGUCUCAGCCCAGAAGCAUCAGUGAGAGCUUUCUAACAGUGAAAGGUGCCGCCCUUUUUCUUCCACGUGGGAAUGGCUCCUCCUCUUCCUCAUCCUGCUCCUCCAGAAUUACAGGACAGCGCAGCAAACAUGCAGGGGACAUUCAGCAGCACCUGCAGACCAUGUUCACUUUACUGCGGCCAGAGGACAACAUCCGUCUGGCUGUGCGGUUGGAGAGCACCUUCCCCCAGUGCACCCGCUACAUGGUGGUGGUCUCCACCAACGGUAGACAGGACACAGAAGAGAGCGUGGUGCUGGGCAUGGACUACAGCCCUUCCGACAGUUCCUUUUCCAUAGGCAUGGUGCUUCCUCUCUGGAGUGACACACGGAUCCACCUGGAUGGUGACGGGGGUUUCAGUGUGUCUACAGAUAAUAGGAUACACAUAUUCAAGCCAGUCUCAGUCCAAGCCAUGUGGUCAGCCCUGCAGUCUCUUCAUAAGGCCUGUGAAGUGGCCCGCUGUCAUAACUACUUCCCAGGCAGCCUCUUCCUGACCUGGGUGAGCUACUACCAGAGCCAGAUGUCCUCAGAUCAGUCCCGCAUCAACGAGUGGAACGCCAUGCAGGACGUGCAGUCCCACCGCGCAGACUCGCCUGUGCUCUUCUCUGAUGUGCCAACUGAGAGAGAAAGAACAGAGAGACUCAUCAAGAAUCGCUUGAGAGAGAUCAUGACGCAGAAGGACCUUGAGAACGUCACCUCAAAAGAUAUCCGCACGGAGCUGGAGAUGCAGAUGGUGUGUAACCUACGGGAGUUUAAGGAGUACAUUGACAAUGAGAUGAUCGUCAUCUUGGGGCAGAUGGACAGGCCCACGGAGAUUUUUGAGCAUGUUUACCUGGGUUCUGAAUGGAAUGCAUCGAAUCUGGAAGAACUACAAAACAGCGGGGUGCAAUACAUCCUUAACGUGACGCGGGAGAUCGAUAACUUCUUUCCAGGGCUAUUCGAGUACCACAAUAUCCGGGUUUAUGAUGAAGAGGUCACAGACUUGCUGGCUUACUGGAAUGACACUUACAAGUUCAUUUCUAGAGCCAAGAAAGCAGGGGCGAAGUGUCUGGUGCAUUGCAAGAUGGGCGUCAGUCGUUCGGCCUCCACUGUGAUCGCAUAUGCCAUGAAGGAGUACGGAUGGGACCUGCAGCAGGCCUUUGAGUAUGUUAAAGAGCGGCGGGCCGUCACCAAACCCAACCCAUCGUUCAUGAGACAGCUGGAAGAGUAUCAGGGAAUCCUGGUGGCAAGCAAACAGAGACACAACAAGUUGUGGCGUUCCCACUCGGACAGUGAUCUGUCGGACCACCACGAGCCGCUCUGCAAGGCCACUGCUGCACAGUCUCUCGGACGCUCCAAUUCCCGUAACCAGACCUUCUGCCAGACGUCACCCUCGAUACAGGAUCUACUGCAGACUCUCACACCCACCGGAGUUAAGGAGCAGGCGGCGCCCUGCUCAGAUACUCGCAUUUACAACGGCCUGGGGAACCCAGACGACAACCUCCAUGAACCCACAGAGACCCUCUUCUUCCCAAGACGCAGGGCUGCCACUGUGGUCCCAGAGGCCAGGUCUAAUGUCAGCCCUGUGCCCAUUACCGAGACGGUCUCGCUGUGUCGUCCUCAUCAGCCACCUUCGUCCCCCAGGCUUCUCUCGGAUGCAAAGGCCAAUCAAGUACUGCCUGAGCAGCCUGAGGUGUCCAAUCUUGUGCCUUUGGAGAAGUCUAGUCCAAAGGUCCUCUCAUCUAUGAACGUUAGGAGUAGGACUCCUGAACCAUGCACAGAGGCCUUGGACUCCUCAGGGCCGCAGGAUCUCAGCCAGCAAGUGCCUAACACGGAGACAGACUGUCGCUGCAGUGAUGAAGACCACCACCCCAGUGCCACAUCUACCACCCCUCCCUCCACUCUAAGCACAGACCGCAUUGACUUCUUCAGUGCCAGAGAGAAGUUCCAGGGCCUUUCUCAGGAGGGUCAGAUCCGCGGGACUUCUGAGCAGGCGUCGCAGCAGGCACCUCGGGACAAAAGUCCGAGCGUAGAGACCAAACGACUACUUCCUGACAACCCUAUUAAAGAGGAGGAACAGAAAAAGGAGAGCUGCAGUGUCUCAGUCCAUAACAUAGUUUCAGAAAUGGAGUCCAUACAGCACAGCGUAACCCCUCCCCCCCUUCCUACCAGCCAACCUGUUUCCAGUAGCAGCAGUGAGGAAGAGGAGUUCACUCCAGCCACAUCAGCAGAAGCUGAAACUGAGAAGGUGGAGCAUGGGAAAGAUUGGCCAAAGGGUACCGUGUGGCGAGCCACCCGGGAGCUUGAGCAGAAGAUCAAGCAGGUGGUUUUGUCGGCGGCCCCCGGAUGUCCCUCGCGACACUCCCCCGUCAACACCAGCAGCGGAGAGAGAACUGAGGAGACCUCAACCCACACACACCUCACACCUGAUCCAAGCACUGUGUCAACACACCAUCACCAGCCUCAGAACAACACGGACGAGGUGGAGAAAGACGAGAGCGUUCCGGCUGAGAGCGAGAGACGACUCGGGGAGGGAGAGCACAGGAACGCCGGGCUCACACACUCCACGCAAAGCCAUUCCGGUUCAUCUAGCUCUUCUCCAGUUGUGAUUCUCCAGCUUGAGGGAAUCACCGAGCAGGAGAGUUACACGGACUCUGACUGUCCCCUGGUACGCAUGAGAGAAACCUGGGAGACCCUGAAAGAGCUCGGGGCGUUCCUCUGGCAGGUGAGCGGCUGCUCGGACAGGAGGCUCAGCCAGCCUUGGUCGAGGAGGGAGCAUAGAAAGGGCCGGGCGACGCGAGAGAGGACCAAAGAGGUGGAGGCUCGGAUCCGGCAGGCUGGACUGACCCCACCCUCAUUGAUGAAGCGCUCUGCCUCAUUGGCCAAGCUUGGGUCGUUGGAGCUCUCGACCUUUGACCUGAACGAGCUCGACUUGAUUCCCGCCUUACUCCCCGCUCCCACCAAUAAGCCACGGCCCCACUCGUACAAUGACGAUACCUCAAAAAAGAAGCGUGUUUUGCCCCGUUGCACUCCUGCUCUCCCUUCCUCCCCUGCUUCGUCCACUGGAUCUCAUUCGCCCGGGCACAAAGAGAAUAAUGACGAGACUGAAGAGGCGGAGUUUAGUGACUGUGACGUCAUGCCCAUGCCACUGCCACUCUCCUCACCCUCCAGUCAAUGUUGGAGGGAGGAUAAUGCACAGGAGGAGGCAGGUUACGCCCCGUUACCUGCUCCUGCCUCCAUACCUGUGGCAACACGCCAACAGUAUGGGAGGACACAUCCCCUGCAGAGGCUGAAGAAACGAACUGUUAACCCUUACCACACUAUGUGACUUUUAUUCUGUAUGUGUGAGUGUUUGUGCUUGCUAGAGUGAAUUUGUGAUUUAAAGGGAUACUCCACUUUUUUUGGAAAUUGGCUCGU